AUGUCGCCAGUUUUUCAUCAUAAGCAAUUGUUAUCAUUAAAAGAUUUCCCAAAAGAAGGUUCUAGUUUUGAAGGAAAGAAUACUAGCUAUCAGGUGAUAAAACUUCUUGGUAAAGGUGGUUUUGGUGUUGUCUUUCAAGUGCAAUCAUCAACUGAUAACAAAAUGUAUGCAGCCAAAUUAGAAGCUUAUGAAAAUUCACAUAAGGUUCUUUUGAUGGACUGUCUUGUCCUACGCGGAGCUGAAGUAUUGAAGAGUUCACAUUUUUGCAAAAUUUUUGAACUUGGCAAAGUUGAGAGAAAAUUUCGCUUUAUUAUUAUUACAAUGUUGGGUCCAAGUUUACAUUUAUUACGAACAUCACAAGUAAGGAAUCAUUUUUCACUUGGAACAGCAUUACGAUUCGCUCAACAAUCAUUGGAAGCUUUACAGGAUAUGCAUUCGAUCGGAUUUUUGCACCGCGACGUUAAACCAUCAAAUUUUGGAGUGGGUCGUCCAGAAACAAAUGAUUUUCAUAUUGUUUAUAUUUUCGAUUUUGGUCUUGCUCGACAGUUUGCUACACGUGAUAAAGACUGCCGUAUUCCACGUAAAUCUGCUCCAUUUCGUGGUACACCACGAUAUGCCUCAUUAAACAGUCACAGAAAACAGGAACAAUCACCAAAAGAUGAUAUUGAAUCAUGGUUCUAUAUGAUCAUCGAAUGGACAGUAGGUGCUCUACCUUGGAAAAAUUUUAAAAAUCAAGAUCGUGAUAAGAUUAUGUUGAUGAAAGAACAAAGUCGUGAAUCAGCUGGUAUGAAAUUACUUUUGGAAGGUUGUCCACGACCGCAUUAUCGGAUGAUCAUGCAAUAUAUCGAUAAUUUAGAAUAUACUAGUAUUCCAGAUUAUGGAUAUAUUUAUUUCUUGCUCAAACAUGUCGCUAAGAAAAAUCGAAUACCACCUGAUGAACCACUGGAUCAUGAUCCGGAACAUCCAUAUGCCGGUACUGAAACACCACCAUCAUGUUUACCUUAUGGUGUACUCAUAUCAACCAUUCAAACAAAAAACACCACAGAAGAUAUCAACAAAAAAUAA